AUGACUCGCUCGCUUCUCUUACAGCGCCUACAGGCGGUCGCCGACCAGCAGCCUCCCAGCCAGCCGCCCAGCAGACCGCCUGACCUGCCGGCGGAAGCCGCGCAAACGGCGGAGGCUGCCCGCCGUGCUGGCGGCCCCGCGGCAUCAACGGCGCAACGAAGGGAAGCAGCCGCAGCCAGAAGGACUGCUGGGGGAGCGGGUGAAAGGGAAGGGCGAGCGGAGGAGCAGCGCGGUGGCGUGCGGUUGGAAUCGGUUCUGGCCGCCAACCCCGUUGUCGACCGGCCUGCCCGGCCCGAGCCCGCCCUUCCCCCCUACGCCUUCCCCUCGCCCACCCCCCACUCUUCCGCCCUUGGUCUCCCCGUGCCCCCCCUGCACGCGAGCACGGGCACAGGCAGGGGAACAGGCGCGGGCGCAGGUACGGGCACAGGCGCGGGCAGAGGCGCGCGCAGAGGCGCGGGCACGGGCACAGGCAUGGGGUUGGGCGUGCGGGUGGAGCAGGUGCGGAGAGGUAGCAGCCACGGGAGCGGCAGGGGCAGGGUGCGGGCGUUGUGGGACGACCAGCAGACAAUAACACUUCUGAAGAUCAUGCGCGGCGUGUUGCGCGCUCAGGGCAGCGCCCUCCCCGGCAAGAUCGAGGACUUGGGGGCGGUGCACCGCGAGUGGCUGCGGCGAGGAUCCCUGCGGGGGUACCCCAGGUACUCGGAGGAGCAGCUGAGAAUCCGAUGCCGGGUGGUGCGCGGGUGGGUGAAGGAUAUUCAGGCCCUGCAGGCAAUGCUGCCGCCUGGAGUCGAGUGGGACCCUGCCACUCAGUACUUUGAUCCCGACCCCAAGCUGGGCAUCAUGCCGAAGCUGAGGCAGGACCCGCAGUGGCGGGGCUACAGCCGGUGGUGCAGCCACGUGGCGCCCUGGCUGCCCCUCGCCCUGCUCUCCACACACACGUGCCCUGCUGAGAACGUGCAAGGGGAGGUGCAGUUGGGGGAGGAGGAGGAUGAUUGGGAGGAGGAGGAUGAUGACUGGGAGGAGGAAGAGGGAGAUGGAGGGGAACAGGGAGAGGAGGAGGAGGAAGAGGGAGACGAUGGGGAGGAGGAGGAUGAUGAAGUGGUGGAGGGGAAUGGCGGGUUUGACCCUCCAGCUGACGCACCGCGGGCCAAUGGCAUGCGUCGUGCUGAGGUGGCACGAAACAAUGUCACUUCUGCUGACGGUGCUCGUGCUGACGUGGCUCGUGCUGACGUGGCUGGUGCUGAUGGGACAGGGGGUGCAAGUGCGGAUGAGAGGGACGAGUACCCUGCGAGGCUGGCAGCGCGGAUCGCUGGCAUGGCGGUGAGAAGGAGGGAGCAAGGCGGCACAGAGAGGCUCGCGGUUGAGGGUGAGAGGGGAGGGGUUGGGGAUGGAGGAGAUGGAGGAGGGAAUGCAAAUGCAUGGCAGGAGAUUCGGGUUCAAGAGGGGCAGAAUCGAGGGGGGAGGGGUGUGAAGCGGUCGAGACCUGUGUGGGUGCAGGUGAGGGAGAGGAAGCGGCAGCGGCGGGUGAUGGAGAGUGUGGCGCGUGCCCUCACCACGUUCAGGAGCAUGGCGGAGAAGGGGCAGCCCCACGUGCAUAGAGACGCGGUAGCGGAUAGUGUGUUCAAGUCGGUGCAGGACGUGCAGGCCCUCCCCUCUCUGACGGACGUGCAGCGCGUGGCGGCCAUCGACGCCUUCCUGCAGCGCCCCCUCGACGCCCACGCCUUCCAGGCCAUGAGCCCCGCCCUGCAGGCCCUCUUCGCCCGCCGCGCCCACGCCCAGGCCGUUGACCGGCAGCUCGCCGGCAUGCAGGCCACUGCUGCUGCUGGGGGGAAUGCCAGCUUGGUGGAUCAGCAGCUUGCUGGGCUGUCAGGUGUGACUGCAGGUGGUGGGGUGGUUGGUGGGAGAGGGGGGACGGGGGGAUUGGGUGGGGGUGUGGGGGGAAUGGGUGCUGGGGGAGUGGGAAUGGGAGAGGCUGGGGUGGGGGCGACGGGGUUGGGGGCAACUGGAGUGAGGGGGACGGGAACAGCGGGGGUUAGAAGAGCAGGGGUGGGAUCAACAAGGGUGGCUAUGGGGGUUGCAGCGAUGGGCGGGACACGAACAGGGGGAACGAGGAUGGGGGAAACGCGUGCGGGGGUAGUGGGAAUGGCGGGAACGCGGAUGGGGGAAUCGGGAAUGGGGGGGACGCGGAUGGGAGAAACAGGUGGGAUGGGCACAGCAGAGGCGGGUAGCAUGGCAGGCAGCAUGGCGGGACUGGAGCUGCUGGGGCAUCGCGUGCAGGAGUUGGUGCGAGAGAGCCUAGGAGCAGUCAAUGUUGGUCAACACAUGGCCAGCACAGGUCAACAUGCAGUCAACGCCAGUCAACAGAUGGCAAGCACUGGUCAACAUGCAGUCAAUGCUGGUCAAGGGGGGGUGGUUGACGUUCCAGUGGUGGUCAAUGGGAUUCAAUGCGAGUGCCCCGAGUGUGUGGCUGUUAGAAUGUCGGUCAGAAUGCGUCAAGGCACAGUCAACGCGAGUCAAGAUGCAGUCAAUGUGAGUCAACCAGUGCUCAAUGCAGGUCCAGCACUGGUCAACGCGGGUCAAGCAGCUGUCAACGUGAGUCAACCAGUGGUCAAUGCGGAUCCAAGUAGGGGAGCAUCAGCGAAUCAGGUGGAGACAGCUGUCGGCCAGCCAGGGUUGGGUGCAGGUCGUGUGGGAGGAGCUGCUGUGCUACAGACAAGAAAUGCUGGUCAAGCACCAGUCCACGCUGGUCAAGCACCAGUCAACGCUGGUCAAAUACCAGUCAAUGUUGGUCAAGCACCAGUUAACGCUGGUCAAGUACCAGUCAACGCUGGUCAAGCACCAGUCAACGCUGGUCAAGCAACAGUGAAUGCAGGAGGGGGGGCAGUGGGUGCGAGGGAAAGAAGCAGUGCUGUGACGAGGGGACAGGGGGGGGACAGCCAGCAGAGGGGAGAACAGGGAGGAGAGCAAGGGGGAGAGGCGAGAGGGGAGCAAGGAGGGGAGCAAGGAGGGGAGCAAGGAGGAAGGCAGAGGGUGGGGACGGUGAGUGUGCCGGGGGGCAGGGGCAGCGGAGGGGGGGUGUUCACGCUGUCGCACCGCUGUGUGGCGGAUGGGCCGGCAGGGCAGUGCAGCCUGUGCAGCAUCGUGGCUGACCUCGUCAAAGAGCUGGGGGGAGGCGCUGCUGGGGGAGGCGCUGCUGGGGGAGGCGCUGCUGGGGGAGGCGCUGCAGGGGGAGGGGGUGCUGCUGGGGGAGGGGGUGCUGCUGACCUCGUCAGAGAGCUGGGGGCGCCUGGCGAUGGGCGGGGGCUGUGCAAGGAGCUGGGCGCACCUGACAACGUGACGCGUGGUGGGGGCGAGGUGGGGAGUGAUGAGAGAGAGGUGCGCACAGGGAGCGAGGUGCGCACAGGGAGCGAGGUGCGCACAGGGAGCGAGGUGCGCACAGGGAGCGAGGUGCGCACAGGGAGCGAGGUGCGCACAGGGAGCGAGGUGCGCACAGGGAGCGAGGUGCGCACAGGGAGCGAGGUGCGCACAGGGAGCGAGGUGCGCACAGGGAGCGAGGUGCGCACAGGGAGCGAGGUGCGCACAGGGAGCGAGGUGCGCACAGGGAGCGAGGUGCGCACAGGGAGCGAGGUGCGCACAGGGAGCGAGGUGCGCACAGGGAGCGAGGUGCGCACAGGGAGCGAGGUGCGCACAGGGAGCGAGGUGCGCACAGGGAGCGAGGUGCGCACAGGGAGCGAGGUGCGCACAGGGAGCGAGGUGCGCACAGGGAGCGAGGUGCGCACAGGGAGCGAGGUGCGCACAGGGAGCGAGGUGCGCACAGGGAGCGAGGUGCGCACAGGGAGCGAGGUGCGCACAGGGAGCGAGGUGCGCACAGGGAGCGAGGUGCGCACAGGGAGCGAGGUGCGCACAGGGAGCGAGGUGCGCACAGGGAGCGAGGUGCGCACAGGGAGCGAGGUGCGCACAGGGAGCGAGGUGCGCACAGGGAGCGAGGUGCGCACAGGGAGCGAGGUGCGCACAGGGAGCGAGGUGCGCACAGGGAGCGAGGUGCGCACAGGGAGCGAGGUGCGCACAGGGAGCGAGGUGCGCACAGGGAGCGAGGUGCGCACAGGGAGCGAGGUGCGCACAGGGAGCGAGGUGCGCACAGGGAGCGGCCGGAAUGUGAGUGCCGGAUGGGACAUUCCUGGGGACGAGGCGUUGAGUGAGGGGACAGGAAUCGUAUGUGUGAGGGACGAUGGAGUUAUUGUGUUCAAGGGGGGAGAUUUGAGUAUGGAGGAAGGAGGCACUUCUGAGGGUGAAGGGGAUGUUACUCUGGGGGGAGGGGAUGUGCCUCUGGGGGAAGGGGAAGUGGCUAUGGGGGAAGAGGAUGUGCCUAUGGGGGAAGAGGAUGUGCCUAUGCGGGAAGAGGAUGCGACUGUGAGGGGAGAGGACUCCAGUGGUAAGGAGGGAGAGACACAUGGGAAGGAAGGGGAGACGAAUGGGAAGGAGGUAGAGGCGAAUGGGAAGGAAGGAGAGACGAAUGGGAAAGAGGGGGGGACAAGAGGGAAGGUUGGGGAGACGGGUGGGAAGGCGAGAGAGGCGAGUGGGGAGGAGGGAGAGAAGAGUGGGGAGGAGGGCGAGACGUGUGGGACGGAGGGAGAGACGAGUGGGAAGGAGGGAGAGACGAGUGGGAAGGAGGGAGAGACAAGCAGGAAGGAGGGAGACACGAGUGGGAAGGAGGGGGGUACGAGUGGGAAGGAGGGAGAGACGAGUGGGAAGGACGGAGAUUCGAGUGGGAAGGAUGGAGAGACGAGUGGGAAGGAGGGAGAGAGGAGUGGGAAGGAGGGAGAGACGAGUGGGAAUGAGGGAGAGACGAGUGGGAAGGAGGGAGAUACCAGUGGGAAGGAGGGAGAGACGAGUGGGAAGGAGGGAGAGACGAGUGGGAAGGAGGGAGAGACGAGUGGGAAGGAGGGAGAGACGAGUGGGAAGGAGGGAGAGACGAGUGGGAAGGAGGGAGAGACGAGUGUGAAGGAGGGAGAGACGAGUGGGAAGGAGGGAGAGACGAGUGGGAAGGAGGGGGUGAAGGCCUUGGGAAUAAGCGAUAUGACCGCAUAG